AAUUGAAUGAGUUAAUUGUCUACAUCUUUAUCAAAAAUAUUUGGAAUAAUAUUUGUAAGAUCAUAGGAUGGUACAAGACUAUAUUCAAAAUAUUAUCCAUAAUUAUUUGCAAAGAAUUUGUUAAGGGUGCAAGAAGGUGUACUAACAGAUAUUGAGGUAUAAAAAUAAUUUGAACAUAAUGUAUGGGAGAAAGGAAAGAGAGUAGGAGCUCGUUUGACAAAAGGAAGUGAAAGUAUAAUUGAUAUUUAUAAUAUUUAAGCUGAGAUAUUUCAAUAUUGUUAAUUCAAUAUUGUAAUGAAAGCAUUUAAUGAAGUUCAUUUAUUUGUUUUAGGUGAUUUUGAAGAGAAUGAAAUAAUAUUAUCCUAAGUAAUAAAUGGAAUAUAUGAAUCCCUUAAUCAUAUAACUAAAGAACAUAUAAAUAAGAAAACUUUAUUAGAAAACUUUGAUCAGGUGAUAAUAAUUAUUGAUGAGAUUUGUGAUUAAGGGUAUAAAAUAAAAUCGAAUAUAUAAUAAUAGAAUAAUUAUAACAAUAGAUCCAGCCGUUAUUAUAGCUAGAGCAACUAUGAAAGACACUGAAGCUAUAAAUUUAGAUAAAUAAGAAUCAAGUGGUUCAUCAGGAGGAGGAGCUUUUUCAUCUGUGUUUGCUUCUGCUAAAAGGACAUUUGCAUAAUAAUUUAUGGGAUCUGGUUGA